AUGUCUUCCAACGGAUCCGUCGACAUAGCCCCAGGGCACCUCGGUAACUUGACAACCGAGCAGGAGGCUCUCCUUCGAAAGCUCUGGCAGACAGUCUUCAUGCUGUACAACAUGUUCGAGCACGCGGGACAAAUCGUCCCGGACGCCGAGCCUCCAAAGCGAGCCGGCCUUCUCGGACGCAAAUCCCAAGAAGCCGCCCCGGCAGCGAAGCCUUCCGCCGACGUGAUUGAGGCCUUGCAAGUCAUCACGACUGAUCCGCAAGAGCAACAGCGUCUGUCAAAACAAUUUACCCAGCUCAUGGCCAUGAAAACGCCAGAGUCCAUCAAGCUGUUCAGGCAAGGCCUGGAGGCAGCACCGCGCGAGACCAUCGCGCAAUGGCGCGACCUGCUCGCAGACCAGUCGGCCGAAAGUAUCCGCGAGUUUCAGAAGAUUCUGCAAGGCCAGUCCGCCCAGGAGAUUCGCGCCAUGGUGACUGGCGCCGUCAAGCACGAGCACCCGGACAUGGUCAUGCUGCGAUUCCUGCGAGCUCGUAAAUGGGACGUCAACAAAGCCCUCGCGAUGAUGCUCAAGGCUAUGAACUGGAGAUUCAAAGACUUCAAGGUAGACGAGGACAUCAUGACUCGCGGCGAGGCGGGUGCCGUCGCAGACGCAGAGAGCGCCGACAAAGCAACCAAGACGCUCGGCCACGACUUUAUGAAGCAAAUCCGCAUGGGCAAGAGCUUUCUGCAUGGCACCGACCGACAGGGCCGAAUCCUGUGCGUUGUCAGAGCCCGGCUGCACAAAGCAUCCGACCAGUGCGCGGAGAGCGUCGAGAAGUAUACGACGUACCUGAUUGAGACGUCGCGCCUCAUGCUCAACCCGCCUGUUGAGACUGCUUGCCUCGUCUUCGACAUGACCAAUUUCACUCUCGCGAACAUGGACUAUGUCCCCGUCAAGUUCAUCAUCAUGUGCUUCGAGGCCAACUACCCCGAGUCGCUUGGCGCUGUGCUGAUUCACAACGCCCCCUGGAUCUUCAAGGGUAACCAUGAACCGUGCCUUGGUAUUUGGAAAGUUAUCCACGGCUGGCUCGACCCCGUCAUUGCCGCCAAAGUCCACUUCACCUAUACUCGGAAGGAUUUGGAGGAAUUCAUCGCGCCGGAGCACAUCAUCAAGGAGCUCGGCGGCGACGAGGACUGGGAGUACAAGUACGAGGAACCUGUCGAGGGGGAGAAUGAGCCCAUGAAGGACACUGCGACCCGAGACAAGCUCCAGCUACAACGGGACGACAUUGCAAAGAGGUUUGAAGACGCCACCAAGGAAUGGAUCAGGGGCGCCGACGGCCCCCAAGCCAAGGAGCUCAAGGCCAAGCGCGACCUGCUGGCAAGGGAGAUUGGCGAAAACUACUGGAAGCUGGACAAAUAUGUCCGCGCACGAUCGUUGUACGACAGGCAGGGAUACAUUCGUGCGGCGCAGCAGUCGAGUGGUAUGCCUAGAACGGUACCGACAAGGCGGACAAGUAGCUCUGCGCAAAGCACACCAUGA